AUGCCUAGAACCUCUACAUCAGAGGAAACACCAAUGUUACCUCUCCCUGGAGCCCCUUCUUCCUCCUGGGCUAGAUUCCGAGAGCGACUAAAUGCUUUAUUCAGUGGCGCGGACCCCCGGGUCUGUAUUGCGUUCUGGCUGUUUGGCUUGAUCAACAAUGUUCUUUAUGUCAUCAUCCUAUCAGCUGCUCUUGAUUUAGUCGGACCUGGUGUGCCCAAAGGCGUCGUUCUUCUCGCAGAUGUCAUCCCUUCGUUUGGGACUAAGCUCAUUGCGCCGUACUUUAUCCAUGUAGUACCAUAUUCGGUACGGGUGGUGAUAUUCGUGCUCCUCUCCGCCAUCGGAAUGCUUCUUGUUGCGUUGAGCCCUGGCUACACGGAUGGUGGCACGAUCUCUACGAAGAUUGCCGGGAUUAUCCUAGCCAGUUUAUCUAGCGGAGGUGGUGAGUUAAGCUUUCUCGGGUUGACGCACUUCUACGGCCCAUUUAGUCUGGCAGCUUGGGGAAGCGGUACUGGAGCUGCCGGGCUGGUCGGUGCUGGUGCUUAUGCACUCGCGACUACGUCCUUCGGCCUCAGUGUGAAGACAACCCUUCUAGCAUCUGCUUGUCUACCAGCGGUCAUGGUGGUAAGCUUCUUUACCAUCCUGCCGAGAUCCCUUAUGCACCAUCCUCUGUCGGCCGUACAAGCUGGCUAUCGCGCUGUUGGGACCCAUAAUAGGCUUGCGGAAGAACGGGCAUUUAGCUACGAGCGUGAUGAAGCCAACAGUGAGGCUGAUGGCCUUCUCGCUUCUUCCAUACACUCCGCUGAGGACCCAAAAGCAACUCAGACUGGGAGUGGAAGUCUCCGAUGGGAACAUAUCAAAGCAAAUCUGCAGCGCGCAAGAGGGCUUUUCUUCCCUUUCAUGCUUCCAUUACUGUUAGUCUACGUCGCAGAGUAUACCAUCAACCAAGGAGUGGCCCCCACACUACUCUUUCCGCUGAGCGAGACUCCGUUCGCCCAUUUCCGUGCAUUCUAUCCUGCGUAUAAUGCGAUUUACCAGGUCGGCGUGUUCAUCUCACGUUCAUCGACUCCCUUCUUCCGCAUCCAUGAUCUGUAUUUUCCAUCAUGCUUACAGGUUGUGAAUCUGGCUAUUUUGACUCUUCAUUCUUUGUUCAACUUCAUUCCUAGCGUGUACAUCAUCUUUGCGAUCAUUUUCUGGGAGGGACUCCUCGGUGGCUUGGUUUAUGUCAAUACGUUCGCUGAGAUAGGGGAGCGCGUGCCCCCAGAGGAUCGGGAAUUUUCCCUGGGCGCGACAACCGUCAGCGACUCUGGGGGUAUUUGUAUCGCGGGUUUCCUCAACCAUGUGCUAGGAAGACCAUCGACCAAAUUCCGAAAGAUUCAGGUCCUUGCCGUCUUCCUUUUCUGGUCUACCUAUCUCCUCAGAGGAAACAAACAUGGCCCUCCUAUCUUUCGCAACGUCUCAGCUCGCCUAUCGGCAAAGCUAAGUGUUUGGCAAACUACCGUGGGCGUUUUCCUGUGGCUGUACCUCUGCCGCAACUUUGCAGAGAUUGUUGGCUUAGAGUGUCCGGAACCACUAGCCAAUUUGUAUUCACGCUCUUUCUUCCGGGCAACAUGGAUCGCCACGGCCCUCGACGCUGGCUUCUGGACCGCAAUGAAAGUCAAGCCGAAGUGGCUACGAGAUAUCGCGUCUUUGGCGUUUACAGUUUACUACCUUUUCGCCGCGGAGCAGGCAGAUGAAAAGGUUCGCCGGGUUCGAGCAACCCUAACCGUAGAGCACCUGCGAGUCUCGUGGAACAAAGGCACCACGCCGUACCUGUGGGCACUCGCCAGUCUGCUUCGGCCCCGACUUACAAAAUAUUCGCCUCGUGCAAUACGGAUUCCUCGUCCUCCGCAGUCCAGCUAUACAGAGCCAACCAAUGCAUGGCUUUACUUUGAUGGUCCUCUGAGUGCGUUACGCGACCAGACCUGUAUUAUCCUGGAUAUCCCCGGGGGCGGAUAUGUCGCCAUGAGCCCCCGCACCUCAGAGGAUCGACUGCUUGCCUGGGCUGGGAAAACAAAGGUGCCGAUCCUUAGUCUUGAUUACAAAAAGGCACCAGAGUAUCCCUACCCGUAUGCGCUCAAUGAAUGUUAUGAUGUCUAUCAUACCAUCGUCACUACACGCGGGCGUUGCUUGGGAUUAAGCGGGAACGUGCGGCCACGUAUUGUGCUUGCAGGAGAUAGUGCUGGUGGAAACCUGGCAGUGGGCACUACCCUGAUGGCCCUCCAAUCCGGCAGCUCAGAUGCUCCCCGUUGGCAAGGUGACCACAUGCUCCCUUGUCCAGAUGGGCUUGUUUUAGCAUAUCCGGCGUUGAAUAUGAGAGUCGAAAGCUGGAUGACGGAGGAGCAAAUGUCACUUAUACAAGAUAAGAGCGCGCGGCGGACGAACGAGAGCGUCCUCCGACAGAAAAACAUGGACUACCAGCGUUUGACGCCAUUCACAUCGCCCGGCCCUUCCACAGAAGACCUUCUCCGCGACUCGUCUUCUGACCUGGACCUGGAAGCUGAGGAUGUAGCUCAGGGUGCUUCCAAGAAACUUGAAGAAAAACUCAAGGCGGACAACCUGGCCACUCAGACCGCUGCCAUUGCGCAGAGCCACCACCCGAAACAAAUCCGUACCCGUCUGGCCGUUUCCUCGAUGAUCUCGUAUGUCCAUGAUCGGAUCCUGACCCCCGAGAUGAUGAGGGCAAUGAUCAUCCUCUAUAUUGGGCCUCAUAAUCGCCCUGACUUCAGCACGGACUUCCUGCUCUCUCCCGUGCUCACCCCCGAGGCCCUUCUCGCACGGUUCCCCAAAACAUACAUCGUCACAGGCGAGCGUGACCCACUAGUGGACGACACGGUAAUCUUCGCUGGGAGACUGCGACAGGCCAAGCUACACCAAUUCCGGGAAAGACAGGAGCUGGGGCUUGAGAAGUCUCACCGAGCAUUUAAUGAAAAGGACCACGUGGAGGUGUCAUUACUCCCCGGGAUCUCUCACGGAUUCCUGCAAAUGGCAGGCUUCUUUCCCGAUAGCUGGAAACAUAUCAACAAGUGCGCAGCCUGGAUCCAGGACUUGUUCGAGGCCGCCGAGAGACGGAAGUCAUCGUCCAGUUUGCUCCAGUCACUGCACGACAGCGCACCAUACUACCAGGUGCCGAAGGCGGACGCCAAUAGCGGCAGCCCACGUCACCAUAAACGCAGCCUCACGGGCGAAUCGUCAGGUGACGAGGAUAGACCCUUGGAGAUGAGCCUCGGCAGGAUGACCCCAUUGAACCCGGAUGAUAGUACCAGUCAAAUGCGCGGCAAGCCGUCCCACGGGACGAGUCAUGUCCGACUCCAAGGCUCUGCGUCGAUUGACAAUGACCCUCAGACUGCAAGUGGCAGCCAGGGUCCAAGUGCAUCCCGAGGUCGCCGUUCCCGGCCCAAGGGGCUCAGCAGAAGACGACGCGAUGCGCCCACGAAACUCACUAUGCCUCCGGCCCAUGACUAUAUCUCAGACGCCCUGCAGACCCCUCCGCCCAAACGUAGGGAUAGAAGCAUUGGCAGCCUUCCUAGCGAGGAGGAUCUCUUGGAUCGCAGGAUGAAUGGUUUGGCUGGAGGGUUGAUGGGGAUAGGAGAGGGAGCCCGGACGCCGUGA